CUCGUGUACCGCUACGGCAGGGAUGGCGCAAGUGGCGGACGCGGCGCGUGCGGGCGUGUGGUUUGUUGCGCGUUUGCACGGUCGUUGUUUUGAAGUUUUGUCUCGCGCUCAGCAGGCUGCAGCAGCUGCAGCUCCAAAAACUGUCUUUGCCAGUUCCCGGCAUAACAUGACCGAAGUCACGCUCAAGCACCGAAAUCUUGUUCUUGUGGAAUAUCCCGGUAUUGUCAGAAAUGUCGACAAAAUGCUCAGAACCCUCGGCGGCAUCGACGAAAUUUCGGAGACGCAUUCAGACCCCUCUCGGAGAUUGGAACUGAAGUUCAGGCCUGAUGACCCUUACUGUAAGUGUGUCUAUGCCAACCGCUUCAGUGCGUCCUGCCUCUUGUUGAAGGUAAAAAAGAACCGAAGCAAAGAUGGAGAGCCGUAUUCCGUGUCCAUCGAAGGCACCGUCAGUACUGUCUACAAAUUUCGUGGUAUGGUGGACUUCCAGUUUCUGCCGAUGGAGAAGAAGGCAGAUGGCGGGGGCUACGAGAGCCUGCUGGACCAGCUGAUUCCCCCGACGAUGCCCUCCCUGGACUGGCUGAAGGAGGAGACGCCUGUCUUCAUCCUGCCCCAGGUCUUCUCGCGGCUAGACACCCCUGCCGUUCAGCCCUUGCGGGACGAGCCUAAACGCCGCGUCAUGCCUGGCAGGCCCUCCGGACGCCCCGACAACGUCCUGGGAGGAACCCGCCAUCGGAGGGUGAAGUUUGCCUGCUUCCUGAACCACGACGACCUCAAGGUUCCCGUGGAGCCGAAACCGGAGGCCUGGAAGCAGCUCGAAUGGCGUCCUCAAGAUCCCGACGUCCAUAAGAGGGUCAAAGAGGCGUUUGAGGAGCGCCCCCUGUGGACCCGCAGCGCCCUGCAGGUGCGGCUGGAGGAGCAGCCGGGGCGCUUCAAGCUCAUCCUGCCUGUGGUGGCCUACUAUGUGCUCAGCGGGCCCUUCCGCACGUCCUGGGUGCGCCUGGGCUUCGACCCCCGCAAGGACCCCAGCACCAAGCCCUACCAGAUCCUCGACUUCAGGCUUUCCACCUCUCCGUCGGGGCUCCGCCACGACGUGGCGCCCAAGCGGGGCCUCUCGGCGUACCUGGUGCCCACCAAGGUGCUGGGCACGGGCUGCCGGCGCGUCGUGGCACAGACCGACUCCCUGACCCUGGCCGCCCAGGGCGACGCCUCCAGUGCGUCCUCGGCCUCGGCCUCGACUGACCCGGAGCUGGUGAGCACCUUCAAGCCGGGGCACCUGCCUCCGUUCCGGCAGCUCUUCUACCACCUGUGCGACGUGCGCCUGGACGAGGUGCAGGCACUGGUGCACGCCAACGACGGCAAGGAGACGGGCUGCCACGAAAAGGACGGCUGGUGCCUGGAGGGCACCAUCGCCGCGUGCCGCCAAAUCAUGCUCAAGGACCUGCGCAGGACAAUCAAGCUGCUCAAGGCCAAGAGCAAGUUGUCUCAGGAGAAUGACGAGUCAUUGCCGGCUUCGGAUGAGGAGGACGACGACGGGGAGGAGCUGGACGAGCUUCUCGACGACGAUGACGAUGAAUGACGGACGGGAAAGCUUUCGUUCCGCCGCCUUGUCCAAUCGUGAGCCAGUCAGAAACCAUGCUGUUAUUGACUGGCCUUUGACUGGACCGCGCAGUCCAUAGCCGUCGUCGUAGGCUGUCGUAGGGCGAGUCAAAGUAUAGACGUUUGCAAGUGCGGCCACUGGGCACUGACCUCUUGCCGCUGGCGAGUUUGGGACACCCCUAGGUUGGCUCGCACGUACCGUGCCGAGAUAAUGGAAAGUCGGUGCUACUAUUGGCGCCGAAUUGGCGUUACAGUGCGUGUGUGCAAACGAGGAAAGGCUGGGUCAGGUGCGGCAGAAUGCCAAUACAACGUUAAUGCUGUAGCGCUAAGUCGGUGCUGUGUCUAUGGCAUUAACUUAUCACUGAGCUGCAUGUGCGAACGGGCCUCGAUGAUUGAAAAGAGUGUGCCCACGAUUGUUGGCCCAAACAAAGUAUUUUUCGUCCAUGGUGGCCAGACCAGCUUUUGAAGCUUACGCUGUUUGCAAAUGUCCAUAGAGGCUCCACAACGAGUGACGGCAUCUGGUGGCAAAUUCGGGAGGCUGACGAGCGAGGUCGGAAAACCUGUGGCUGGAGCCGAGCACUCGAGGAAGGCGUCAGAAAGUCACUGCAGCAGAAAGUAUAAAUGCAUGCAGUUUGUGUGGAAGGUUUUUUUAUGUCGUGCAAGUGAUUUUGGGACUGCAGCAUCUUUCGGGACUACCAUGUGUGUGCAGGUGUGUCCGGUAUGUUUAUUGUAGAACUUUACAGAUGUUUGCACCUGUUUGUGAACAAGCGUGGGCACUGUGCAUGCAGCGACCAACCUUUGAAAUGGUGAAGCUUGUAUUGCACGAGUUCAGUAUUGUAAACUGCAGAGGGGCUUAUUAUUCGGUUUGCUUCAAGACCAUCUAAAAGCGCUCCAAGAAUUGUCGUAAUAACAGAACAAGAGGAAUAAUUUGAUGUGUCAAAAUAUAGCAACAACUGUGUAAGUUUUGAUGCCAUUCCCUUUGGUGAGGUGAUCGUGCAUUUUUAAUUUUUUGGUUUGAAAACCUUCAGAUAUCUGUCGCUGGCACCGUUUGCCUGGUUUGCUCUUUUUUGUGUGGCAAGUGGGACAACCCCUUAUGUGCACCUUAAUUAUCUGACCAAAAUCGGCAAAUCUGCUACAUUUUUUCUCUGCUUAAAAUGAGAAGUGGCACACACAGGAAAGAGUGUUACAAUAUGUAGAUUCUUUUUGGUGUUUUGAGAGUUUUUGUUUUGUGAGUGCUUCUGACCAAAACAGCGAAAAACGUCAGUUGUGCAUGAAAGUAAUUUCUUUGCCAUAUUCUUCUCACACAAAUUCACUCGGGAAAUAUCUGUCAUCAAAAAGUGACACCACAAGAUCAAACUUUUUUUUUUUGCUUGCUCAAACAUACUAAUACACAUAAAAAAAAAAAAAAGAAAUGUGACAGCCCAUUUGAAUGGGGCAGGGAGCAAACUGGGAAACAAAUCGCACGGGAGUGCGCACUCAAAGGGUUAGUCAAGGACUGUAAGGCAUGCAUUCUAAGGUAGGAAGAUGCAGAGAAGUGCUAGGCCAUGGUCUGCUCUUUGCCUGAUUGGGUUAGCAGGUGAUAAUAAAUUCAUGGCAAGAUGACAAAUGCCGCAUCCUACUUUCAGAGCUGCUUGAUUGACCUCAUCGUCUUGUAGCAUCUGCUGUGCAGAUGGUGAAACGGGGCACGUCGGGAAAAGGGUUAAUUUCAAGACGGAAGAUCAGUUUGCUGCUAGUAUUACUUUCUCAACUUGAGUUAUAUUGUUUUGAAGCUCCAUCACGUCUAUGAAAGGCAUUAUCGCUAUGCAGUGUUGUGGACCAUCCAUUUGGCUAUGUGAACAAUUUUUGCACAAUAUAGGUUGGAAGCACUUCGGGAUCAGCAAUCUCGUAACAUUGCUAAACCAUAUGGAAUAUGUGCGAGGCCUGUUUUGUCUUGAAAUAAAUUCCUGCUGGCACUGAC